AUGCCGCCCCCCACCACGAUGCCGCCCCGGGCAACCGCCCGUGUGGCCCGUAUCAAAAACCGCUACUGCCCACAGCUGAUGAAGGCCUUACUCUUCAUGUUGAACCAUUUCAAGGCGUUUGUCACCACCUCUGAUGAGUUCCUGAUGCUCUCUGCAAAUGAACUCGUUAAAAUCAUUGAGAGCGACCGGCUCAUUGUGAAGCAGGAGCGGAUGGUUUGCAACCCUCCGGCCUGUCCUCACCUGCCCUCCUCCAUCAUCUUGGCUGUUGGAGGCUGGAGUGAAGGCAGUCCCAUCAAUGACAUAGAGGCCUACGACAUCGGUGCAAAGCGCUGGGUGAAGAUACCUAAUGUCAGCGACCUACCCCGGGUCUAUCACGGUGUCACUUUCUUCGAUGGAUCGGUGUACUGUGUGGGUGGCUGCAACGGCAGCGAGCAGUUCAAUACUGUGCAGAGGUUUGACCUGACCACACACACCUGGCAGGAGUUGGUGCCAAUGCAUUCAUAUCGCUGCUAUGUCAGUGUAACUGCCAUGGAUGGGUACAGCAGAUUCAAUAGUGUUGAACGCUAUCAGCCCAGCACCAACCAGUGGACUUUAAUUCCAUCCAUGCACCAGCAACGGAGUGACACCAGCUGCACGACCCUCCACCACAAGGUAGGUGGUUUCAAUGGAACUGCUUCUCUGCAGACUGUUGAGGCGUACGAUCCCCACACCAACACCUGGCUGAACAUGCCCCCUAUGCUGAACUCCCACAGCAACUUUGGCAUCUCUGUGAUUGAUGACUGCCUGUUUGUUGUAGGGGGCUACAACGGCUUCACCACCACCUCUAAUGUUGACUACUACAAUGUCAAGCUUGGGGUCUGGAUUGAUGCCUGUGACAUGGAGAUUUCCCACAGUGCAUUGAGUUGCCGUGUAGUGUAUGGGCUGAACAAUAUGGCUGAGUACACUGUUCCUACUAACUCCCUGGAGCUCCCCUGUGAGGAAGAGGAUAAAAGGGAGUGAUUAUAAAUUAGAUUUUAAAAAGGGCCAUAUGUAAUCUUAAGCUGCUAUUUUGUGAUUAAACUGAAAGAGCAACAAGUAAAAUCGGAGCUGUUGGAUUCUGGGUGGACUCAUUCCU